ACUUUCCUCUCCCAGUUCCAAGGCACUUCCCUCAAAAGGCGUGGCUGCGAACAGUAUGAAGGGUACCGCAUAUAAGACAGGACAACGAGGGUGGCGGCAUCAGUCCUGAGCUCAGAGAGAAGAGAUAUGAAGCUGAUCGUGUUGACUACCCUCGUGGCCGCGGCCUCGGCCUCUGGUAGCUUCGGUUACCAUGGCAACGCCCUCGGCGGCGGCGCCCCGUUCCGUGGAGUCUCGGGCGCCGGUUUCCAGGGCGUCGCCGGGGGCGCCGGCUACGGUUCCCAGGACUACUACGCCAAGCCCAACUACAACUACGGCUACUCGGUGAAGGACCCGUACUCGGGUGUGGACAUUGACGCCCAGGAGAACCGCUACGGCUACCAGACGCAGGGCUCCUACGGCACCACACUGCCCGACGGCCGCAGGCAGAACGUCAACUACAUCGUGGACGGCGACUCGGGCUUCCAGGCGGACGUGCAGUACUACGGCGUGGCGCAGCACCCGAGCACGCCCAUCAACGCCGGUUACGGCAAGGCCGGUCUUAGGGCUGGAGCUCUUCGUGGCGGCGCUGGGCUCCGUGGGGCUACCCUGGGAGGCGCUGGCUACUCUGGAGCUGCCCUGGGAGGCGCUGACUACUCUGGAGCUACCCUGGGAGGUGCUGGCUACUCCGGUGCUGCCCUGGGCGGCGCUGCUUUCGGUGGCGCUGGCUUCCGCAGGGCUGCUGGUUUCGGUGGUGCUGGUUACGGUGGUGCUGGUUACUCUGGUGCUGCGCUGGGCGGUGGCCUGUUCCGCGGUGCUCGUUUCGGUAGGUCUGGUCUCCGCAGUGGUUACGGAGGCUGCACGGGCUACAGCUGCUAGAAACCCGUAUGACAUGCCAAAAAAGAUAGCGUCUGUGUUAAUUUGUCCCGCGUCUUUUCACUGUCACGUCCGUGAGGAUCUGGUC